AUGUCCGCUGAUGAACUCAAAGAGAGCUUCAAAAAGCUCACUCUACAAGGCUCAAAGGUCAUGGAAGCCAAUGAAGAACUCCAAGCGGCUUAUAACGCAGAGGGCGCACAAGAGCUUGCAGAAGAGGAAAAGGCUGACAUAGAAAAGACGGAGCAGGAGUUGGGGAAUGAGCGGGCACUCUUGGGAGAGGUGGCCCGCCAUCCCUUUCUCUAUGGCUCGUGGGACCUCCGUCUCUACCGCUUGGUUGCGGUUUCUCUGGCUCUGAGGAUGGCCAUGCACUGGGAUAUCUGGGAGCGAGCGGAUCCUUUCUUCGGACCACAACGCACAAGGUAUUGCUGUGGAGUGGGGUUGAGCAGGAUGAGGGGUUUGGGCAGAUGA